AUGGCGUCCAAUAUCGAACAGUCGCCAUUCUUCCAGGAUCAGAAGUCAAAAGGCGAAAUUGUUGUCAAGGAUCCUCCCAAGUUUGACCUGGAAUCAUACAUUGCCAACUACACUGGCUACACACGAAUCGACCGCCUGCACCACAUCGGCGCCCAUUCACCAUACCUCGCCGUAGACGCCUAUCAUCUUGCCAUCGCGGAGGCAAAGAGGGGCAAGAACGUUGGUCUAUACACAACACUAAUAGAGGAAUUCAGCCGCAUAGCACCACAAGAUCCCUCCGCCAUAAUCGAUACAGCAUGGGUCGAGAAGAAGACGCGGGAAGUGCGCGAGGAGCACGACCGGUUAGAGCAUGAGCUGAAGUCAUACAAGAACAACCUCAUCAAAGAGAGUAUACGAAUGGGCAAUGAAGACCUCGGUCACUUCUACUACGACACCGGCGACUUCGUCAACGCACACAAGGCCUAUAUGAAGAUGCGCGAACACUGCACUUCACCCAAGCACCUCGCCGAUAUGACUCUCCGUCUCGUAUACGUUAGCAUCGCACAAAAGUCAUGGACAAACGUACUAGCAAAUCUGGCCAAGUCGGAAGCCACCCAGGUCAAGGGCGAUGAGAAGGCUAAGAUGGAGCCCAUCAUCUCUGCAUGCAGCGGUCUAUGCCACAUGGCUACUGGCAACUACCGCGAAGCUGCGACAGCGUUCCUUGGUACUUCCGCGGCGUACUUGACUGCAGAGCCAGCAGCGUACAUCACAUGGCAAAAGGAGGUUGUCUCGGGUAACGACAUUGCGGUAUAUGGCGGUCUUUGUGCACUUGCCUACAUGGAUCGUAGCGAUCUGCAAAACAGGGUGCUAGCAAACAGCGAAUUCCGCAACUUCCUUGAGCUAGAACCUCACAUCCGCCGCGCCAUCAACCUCUUUUGCAACUCCAAAUACAGCGCCUGUCUCGAAGUGCUCGAAGGCUACCGCAACGACUAUCUCCUCGACGUCUAUCUAUCCAAGAUGCUAAACACAAUCUACAGCCGCAUCCGGAGAAAGAGCAUUGUGCAGUACUUCAUACCAUUCAGCUGCGUCACGCUUGACGAGAUGGCUUCCAAGUUCCCGCCAGCUGAAGGCAGGACUAUCGACGAGGACCUCGAAGAGAUGAUCAAUCAGCGUGUUCUCAAUGCGCGGAUAGACCUCGUCAACCGUCUGCUCAUCUGCCCACCUACCGACCCCCGCCACGACGUACACGCCGAUGCUCUUAAGAUGGCUGAGGAGUACGACCAUACCCUGCGCCUCCGACUGACGCGCCUCAACUUGCAGGCGGCGGGUAUGGAAAUUUCAUCGAACAAGUCGGUCGAGAAGUCGUCUGGUGUGGUUGGUGGCAUUGGUGAUACUUUCCGUGGCUUGGGUCAGAAAAUAGGGUUUUAG